AUCGGGUGAUAAAGCAAGAUGGCGUCUGACGGAGAAGUCCUAAACGCGGGCAUUAUAUUUCUGUAUUCUUACAUAUAUGUUGUUUAAUAGAGUACACACGGUUAAUGAUUGUUUUUAGCCGGAUACAUUAGUCUGAGCACACUUUGACACUUCUCUUGUUUGAUAGCUUCAUUUUAAGGUAGCUUGCAGCUAGUUUAGCUGGCUAGUUAGCUUAGCUUGUUAGCUGCUAACAAAGAGAAGCGGAAGUUGUUGAAACAUCGCUAAUUAGGGAACUAAUGUGAGUGUAAAGUGUUGUGAUUGUGUGAAAAUGUGCGAAAGAACGAUGGCAAAGGACGAGGAGGAACUUUGGCCAAGAAAAGAGGAGAAGGAGCGACAACAUCAACUACUGGAUGUUUAUUAUAAGAAACAUCAAGUUGUGUUACACAGAACAGAUGUCUGUGAAGAGCAACUUUUGCCUGAAAAACAGGGGUGUAGCAUCAGGAUGGUAAAGGAAGAUCCUUCAAAAAGGACGACCAAAUGCAAUGGACCCUCUGGCAUCUACUUUUCUUCUUUGACACAGGCCCUUCCCUGUAAAAAGGAAGAGGAAGACUCACUGACCCCCCACAUUAAAGAGGAACAGGAGGAACACAGUAUCAGUCAGGAGGGGGAUCAAUUUGAAGGACUGGUGGAGUUCCCAGUGACUGGUGUCCUUGUGAAGAGUGAAGAUGAUGAGGUCAAAGGUGAAAGUGAGGAGAAGAGAGAGGCGGAGCCUCCAAGCAGCAGCUCAACACAACACAUGACAACAGAAGCUGAUGGAGACCACUGUGGAGGAUCACAAGCAGACAAGCUCUUAGCUCCACUAUCAGAUAGUGAGGACACAACGUCACACUCUCCUGACACCGAUGAAGACUCUAAAGAUGAUAAGACAUGUCACACUGACAACACUCACUUGAAUUGUUCUCACUGUGACAAAAAAUUUAAAACCCAUAUUCAUCUGAAAAGACACAUGAAAACACACACUGGAAAGAAACCAUUUUCUUGUUCAAUCUGUGGCUUAUCUUUUACAAGGAAGGACAAUAUGAAAGAUCACACAACAACACAUAAAGGAGAAAAACCGUUUUCAUGUUCUUUGUGUGAUUCAAGAUAUGCACGAAGUCGAGAUUUGAAAAAACACCUGAAAAGACACACUGGAGAAAACCUUUUUAAGUGUUCUGUGUGUAAUUCAAGUUUUGUCGAAGAUGAACAUUUGAAAAGACACAUGAGAACACACACAGGAGAAAAACCUUUUACCUGUUCACUCUGCAGUAAAGGUUUUGCACAAAGUCAAAAUUUGAAAGUACACAUGAGAACACACACUGGUGAAAAACCUUUUUCCUGUUUAACCUGUCGCUCAUCUUUUACAAGGAAUGAAUAUUUGAAAGUGCACAUGAGAACACACACUGGUGAAAAACCUUUUUUCUGUUCAAUCUGUGGUAAAAGUUUUACAAAAAAAAAUGUGUUAAAUGAACACAUGCCAAUACACACUGGAAAAAAACCUUUUACCUGUUCAAUCUGUGGUAAAAGUUUUACACACAGUCAGAGUUUGAAAAAACACACAAUUUUACACACUGGUGAAAAACCUUUUAUCUGUUCAAUCUGCAGUAAAGGUUUUGCACAAAGUCACAAUUUGAAAGUACACAUGAGAACACACACUGGUGAAAAACUGUUUUCCUGUUUAGUCUGUGGUAAAAGUUUUGCUGAAAGUCAAAAUUUAAAAAAACACACAAUAACACACACUGGUGAAAAAUCUCAUUCUUGUUCAAUCUGCAACAGAAGCUUUGGUCAACGAUCAACCCUUAGAACACACAUGAGAACACAUCCAGGAGAGAAAGUGUUGAGUUGCAGUGUGUGUGGUGAAAGAUUCUCUUUUAAGUACCAGUGCAAGAAACACAAGUGUGCUGGUGAGAAUAGAAUAGAAUAGAAAGUACUUUAUUGAGAACAGCAGCAGCACAUGAAACUGCAGGAUUUGAAAUAAACUGUCAAAAUUUUGACAUCAACACAUAAAACAUUUUUGACAUUGUUGUUUGGUAACAAUCUUUUAAUAAGAUUCUACAUUUAUGGAUUUGUUAUUUUAUAUUAGUUUUUUUUUUUUUUUUUUACCCGGGUACAUGCAAAGCCAUUUAUCAACAACACCCAGAAAUGCCGCUGGCUUUGCAGGGCGCAAGUUCUUCUAAGAUGGACUGAUGCAAAGUGGAAAAGUGUUUUGUGGUCAGACGAGUCCACAUUUCAAAUUGUUUUUGGAAACUGGACGAUGUGUCUUCCGGACCAAAGAAGAAAAAAAUUAUCCGGAUUGUUAUAGGUGCAAGGUUCUAAAGUUAGCAUCUAUGAUGGUUUGGGGGUGUAUUCGUAACCCAGGCAUGGGUAACUUACGCAUCUGUGAAGGCACCAUCAAUGCUGAAAGGUACAUACAGGUUUUGAAGCAACGUCAUUCUCCUGGACGCGCCUGCUUAUGUUAGCAAGGCAAUGCCAAGCCACAUUCUGCACGUGUUACAACAGCGUAGCUUAGUAGUAAAAGAGUGUGGGUACCAGACUGGCCUGCCUGUAUUCCAGACUUGUCUCCCAUUGAAAAUGUGUGGUGCAUUAUGAAACCUAAAAUACCACAAUGCUCUCUAUUGUAUUGUUUGAUUAUCUAAAUAUUGCAUAAUAACAAGGUCCAUGUUUAAUUUAAAACACAAUUUUGUACAGGUUGGGGGUCCUCGGCCUAUAAAACGUUGAAGACCACUAUAGAGCUUGACGAUGUGGCUCGGUUGGUAGAGCGGCCGUGCCAGUAACCUGAGCUUCCCUGGUUCAAUAGGCUUCUGAUAAUCAUAGUCAUGUCUGUUGUGUCCUUGAGCAAUACACUUUACACUUGCUCCUGGUGGGUGAUGGUUUGGGCCUUGCAUGGCAGCUCCUGCCAUCAGUUGGUGAAUGGUUGGAUGUAGAAAUAGUGUCAAAGGGCUUUCAGUACCUUGAAAUUAGAAAAGCGCUAUACAAAUAUAACCCAUUUACCAUUUACAAUGGAGCCCCCAGAUUGUUGAAAAACUUAAACUGUACAUCAUGCAAGAAUGGGAAAGAAUUCCACCUGAAAAGCUUAAAAAAUAUGUCUCUUCAGUUCCCAAACCUUUACUGAGUGUCAUUACAAGGAAAGGCCAUGUAACACAGUGGUAAAAAUACCCCUGUGACAACUUGUUUGCAAUGUGUUGCUGCCAUUAAAUUCUAGUUAAUGAUUAUUUGCAAAAAAAUGUACAAGUUUUUCAAGUAUAUUGUCUUUGCAGUCUAUUCAAUUGAAUAUAAAUUGAAAAGGAUUUGCAAAUUAUUGUGUGCUGUUUUACCAUUUACACAAUGUGCCAACUUUAUUAGUUUUGGGUUUUGUAGUUUAAUAAUACAAUUUUAGACUUAUUCAUAAUAGUUUUUUUUUUUAUAGGUUUUUGAAUUCAUUGAAGUGUUGCAUAUUUUUAUUUGUAAUUGUUAAUAAUCCCGUAGAUUAGCACCUUUAUAUGAUUUACAUGUUUACUGGUUCACAUCUGAAACAUCUUCUGGACCACUUCAGGAAGCAUAUUAUUAUUUACUUUAUACAUCAUUUGAACAGUUGUCUUUUAUCUAAUUUUAAAAUGUGUGAUUUUAUGAAUUAUCUGUUGGGUCUCUUUUGUUUUUACAAAUUUACAUUUGUGGAUUAAAAAAAAAAUCCCCAUUGUUGUGUUUUAAACACUGUUUUACUUUUUUAAUAUCCCCAAAACUACAUCAAUGUCAAUCAAAGUUUGGAGUGUCAGGCAUAGGCCAAUAUUGUACAACAUCUCACAGAGUUUACUUUGCAUACAUUCAUAAAAUAAACUGUUUAUUUUGUUUCCCUAUCACAGAAC